UUUUCUGUUAUUCUCUUGAGUAACGCGAAUGUGAUCGAAUUCCCCUGCAAGGGAAAAACAUAUGCGUGUUUUGUCUCUCAGCUGAUUUUGACGUGUUUUGCUGUCAGCUGUUACUUUUUUCCGCUUCCGGUGUUAAUUCAGCAAAUGUUGACUAUUCGUUUUGUAAUUUUACCUUGAACUUCAGUUUUACUAAAGGUAUACGGUGCAAUGACUUCUGUUGCUCAUAUGAUUAAAGGCAUUGGCCCAAAGUUGGUCCCAUUCUUUAAAACUUUGGCCAUAUACUUCGUUGUAUUUAUACCGCACGAUCAGCCGUCAGUAUUAGCGACUAUUUUGAAAUGUCUACCGUCAAUUGGGCUGAUAGUAUUCGUUAUUUUGCAUACGAGAAGCACCGGAUCAGACUACACUUUUUCAAAGAACAUAAUCGCAGGAUUGCUGUUUGGUUGCAUAGGUGACGCCUUUCUGGUGUGGCCCGGAUUUUUCGAGGCUGGAGUUUUUAGCUUCUCAAUCGGACACUUGAUGUACAUUCGUGCUUUGGGUUUUAAACCGAUGUGCCCUCGAACCGGGUGUGUGUUUUAUAUUUUGGGUGUUUUAGGUGUACUAUUCUAUUGGCUCAAUAUACAGGGAAUAUUAAUAUUAGGCGCGCCACUUUAUGCUGGUGUAAUUAUGACGAUGGUGUGGCGAGCUGCCGCGCGAAUACAAACCGCCGAGAAUAACUGGUGCAGGAUGUGCACAUGCCUUGGGGCGAUUAGCUUUGCUGUGUCUGAUUUUUGUGUAGCUUACAUUCAAUUCGUUGGCAAGUUUCCCUAUGAUCAGCUCAUUAUUAUGACGUUGUAUUAUGCCGGCCAAUUUGGACUUACACUAAGUGUAUUAGAUUCAACUUUGGAAGAAUCCCAAAAGUUGCAAGAAAGGGUUACAGAGCAUGUAAAGAUAGAUUAAUUAAUUAUGAUUUAAAACUGAAGCAGACAUGAGUAGGGGUAUUAUAUUUUGCAUUGUCUAGUGUCUCUUUACAUGAUGCCCUGUGGAAUGAUGUUAGUAAGUUUAUUACCUACUAACAAAACAAACUUUUUACCUUGCAAUAUUGGGGAAAGAGUUUGAAUUUGACUUUAUGAAGGUCUUCUGUUGUGAUUUUAAAUGCUGCUGAAGUACCUACCUAGGUACCCAAUUUGUCAAUUUUCAAAAUGAUUACUUCUCUGCAACGUCAAUUAGGCUAAGUAUGACUGAUGAAGCAGUGUCUAGAACUAAAUAACUCCAUUUACUAUUGGGGAGCUUACAAUAGAUACAAAGGCGAUUAUCUACUUCCAUCUGUACCCUAUACGAUAAGUUGGUUGCACCUUUACAUCACUAGUCUGUGAACCAAUUUCAAAUGACCUAUACCUACUUUAAUUCAUGUACCUGGAUACAUUACAGUUUAUAAACCCCUGUUUACGAAAUACUUCUAAAUAGUUAUAUUGUGUGGAAUAAAUUUUAGAAUCGAUAAUCUGAUCGACAUUUUUGUGAAUUUGUAGUCUAAAAAUUAAACAUAUCACAUCUUGCAUACUGAGAUUCAUCUUGACGUUAGUGAUUUAAAUUUACAGUUAAAGAUAUCACUGCCAUGUUUUUUUAUUUUGCAUUAAUGCAAAACUUAUUCCAAAUUUGUCUUGGAAAAAACCUGAUUAUCUCCAAUAGUAUGAUUACAUUUACAAUUCUGCAGAUUACCUAGUUUUAAUUUAGUAAAUAGAUAAAUAUAUAUGAAGGUGUCUUCCUUACAAAAUUGCUCCUUCAUAUUGUACUCAAAUGUGUAAAAGUACAAGGAAGACGCAGGCACCUCGCCGAUUAAUCAAAAGGUGACAAUUUAGUCAUUGAUUAAAACUGUUACAUUUCAGCUUCCAUUUUGUGUGAUAGACACGGUUUUUACUUAGUGU